AAGGUAAUCCUGAUCUUCUGUAUGCUACCGAGUUCAUUAAAUAUUCAACACCUUGCUGAGAGAUUUAGACUGGAUUUGGUUACAUUCAGAACAGAGCAGUACUAACCGCCUGUUUAUCAGAUCGGAUUAUGGCUCAAAACAUGGAAUCUUUGCUGAAUAUCUGUCGAAGUUACGCUUUCUUCUUUUUGCUUGUUGGUUAUCUCCUCUACAUGAUUAUCGGUGCAGUUAUUUUCAUGUUGCUUGAACAACCUGAGCAGAAUUUGCUUGUUGCUGAAGUCCAUGAACUUCAGGUGAGGUUUUUAGAGAACCAUGGAUGUAUGAAAGAAAGUGAUUUGGAUCUUUUACUGAGGAAGAUGCUCCAUGCUGGUAAGCGUGGGGUAACUAUAAAGGCCGACAAUAACGAGUACAACUUUGACUUCACUUCAUCGCUGUUUUUUGUCAUAACCUUUCUCACAACUACAGGUUAUGGUACAACUGUUCCACUGUCGGAUGAAGGAAGAGUGUUUUGUAUGCUUUAUUGUGUCUUCGGUAUUCCUCUCACCUUCCUCCUGCUCUCCUGUGUUACCAAAGCCCUGGUGCCUAGAGUGAGUCAUGCUCCAAUACGCCACCUUCACAUCUACUGUGGUCUGUCUCGUAACAAUGCUGAACUGAUUUACUGCGGAAUAUUGGCAGUGUGCACGGCGACACUGUUCUUCCUGCUGCCUGCUGUCAUCCUCUCUCUGGUGGAGAAAGACUGGAGCUUUCUAGAAUCAUUCUACUUUUGCUUCAUUUCACUCAGCACCAUUGGAUUGGGGGAUUAUUUGCCUGGUCAGACACACAAUCAGGCUGCACGGCAAGCACUGGAAUUCGCCACUUCCUGUUACUUGGUGCUUGGUCUUAUUGUCUUGCUUGUUGUUAUGGAGAGCUUCUGGCAGCUACAGCAAGUGCGUGACUUGGUGCGCCUCUUUGCUGGACCUACAGCAUCUGCAUUAACAGAAGAUGGACUUGAUGAGCUAGCGCUGUGUGAAUGGACAGACAGCUAUGAUAAUCCAACACAGGAUGUAAAGUUCAGACCCCCUAUCUCCAUCAUCUCACACAACAUGCCUGACUCACCAACAAACCCUUGUGUUGAGGAUUCAUGUGCACCAUUUACACCACAAGUGGCAAGAUAUAAGAAGACUGUGCAUCCUCGGCCAGACACUUAUCCAGAUCAAAACAACUGAUGACCAAAGACAAAUGCUGUGUUUAAACUUGGACAAUAACAUUUUAUUUCCAAGAAAGAGAAAGAAGGGACAGAGCUUAGAUUACUUGUACUUGGGCUUUAAAACAAACCCUGUCUGAUAUGCUACUGAUACCUUGAUAACAUAAGGAUUUAUGUGAAAUGAAAAACCAUACAGGAAUUUCCAGAAAUCAGUUUUGUUCACAUCAAAAUCAGUUCCCCUAAUUGUUACUGUAUUUUUAUUUUAAAGUUUCAAACUCUUUAUGGGCAAACAUCAUAAAGACAUGAACAAUAUUCUUUAAUAUAUUGUUAAAUGAACUGCAUAAAUAUACAGUAAUAUAUCAAUGUAAAUUUGUUCCAGUAUUUUCUUUUAGCAUUUAAAUGUUUAUGGUUAGUCAUUUCAUAAAUUGUGCUUAAGGCUGUAAGAGUUGAACUCCAGGUCUUUAGAGAUGGCAAAAAUCAAGGCAUUUAAUAAAGGCAUGCACAAUGAUGUUUAUGACGGUUGUCAGAUGCCAAAACCACAUAAACAGCUUAUAGUGAAUAACAAUGGUUUCUAACAAUGGUUUAUAAAAGCAUUAACAAAAAAUAAGUGUUUUACUGAGUACUAUACUAUUUUACUGUACUGUUGUUUUACUGAGUCAUGCUGUACCAUGUUUUUUCCAUGUAAUGGACUCAUACUUACUUGGCGCAUUUUAAAUAA